AUGAGCAGCAACUAUCAAAAGCUCCAGGCGCUUCACCGUGCCCGCAAGGAGAAACUGGACUCCACGGCAGUGGUUGUCGACGCGGCGAAGGCAAACUUCCAGAAGCGCGUCGAGCAGAUGCAGGUCUGGUUUUCCGAGGCCCGGCAGGAGCUGAAGACUAGCCAGGAUCAGCUAAGCGAUCGUCGGAACGAGCUCCUCCUAAAGCAGUCUAAUGUUGAGAAGGCGCAGGAGGAUGCCGCUGCACAGGCCGCCAAGGACGACGCCCAACUAAGGGAGCACCGUGUCCUGCUCGACGCCCAAGAAGAGGACCUUGCCGCUCACGAAGAGGCGCUUGACACCAAGCUCUGCGGCAAGGAUGAAGAAAUUGAAAAGCUUGUCAUGCAGCGGACCCAGGAGCUGGAGCAGAAGCAUAAGGACACAUUCGACGCUCUGGCCGCCAAGAAUGAGCUGGUUGGCAAGGUGGAGAAACUGGAGGUGGAGCUGGAGAAGCACAGCAAUAAGGUCUCGAGGCUCAAGAGCGAUAGAGAAAAAACUGCCUACACCUUGGCGGAGUUGCGGGUCGCCAUAUCUAAGAAGACCAAGCAGAUCUCUGCCGCCAACGACUCAAUGGCUGAUCUGAAGCUAAAGCUGACCACACUAGAGGAGACCCUUGAGGGCAGCAGGGCUCAUGAGAAGACCCUGGCCAAGGACCUCCAGGAUGAGAAGCAACUGCUUGGGAGCGCUGCCGCCAACUACAAUGAUUCUGUGAAAGGCAUCGCCAUCUGGACUGAGUGCCUCAUCGACGUUGUGGAGAGGCUCACCACGAAACUUUCCAUCAUGGGCAUGUCAAGCUUCAAGUUGUCCCAUGAUGAGAGGGUCACUCAUAGCUCCAGGGUGAUCAUGUUCUUCGAGGCCGUCGUCGACGCCCUGAAGCUACUCCACUCCAGCCGAGCAACCCAAUUGGCCAAGGAAUCCCGCAAGCUCUGCCGGGGAGUCCUCCUCAAGGUGCUCACUAAGGUGGCGUACAAGAACCCUGGCCUCAACCUCACCAACGUGCUGGACAGCUUGCCGGAGGAUGCAAAUUGCAGUGCGCUUGAAGAUCUCGUCGGCCCCAUCGUCAACUUGGUCGACCAAGUCAAGAGGGUGGAAGGCCAGCGUCGGGACUAG